ACCGCCGCCGUAGUACACCUCUCGGGUGUUAUCUCCUUCAGAGUGCAGUGCGAAUCAUAAGCUUUCUACAUGUGUGUGUAGAAGGCAAAAAGGCAUUAUACGUGGGCCGAAUGAUGGGACCAUGGUCAAGGCAUCCUCGAAAACCGCUGGCAAUACUAGUUGUGGUUUGGCUCCUCCUGACGAUCCGACUCAACGUCUACAUUCCUUCGGUCAAGAUUCCGGACGACGCACUGACGACCGGAGACUCCAGAUUCGACGAAUACAUCCAAGAAAGGUCUCCCAGAAGGGAUUUACAUAACAGCCCAAGGAUUGAAGAUCUCACACUAAUACAUAGGGAUAACGAGGCAAAAUCAUCAGACACACAGGAUAAUGAAGGAGCCAACGCGCCAAGGGAAGCACAAGGGAACAGAGAGUCGAACCCUGAAGUGCAAGAGAAACAGGAAUCGGAUAUUUCUGAAACGCAUCACGACAAGGGACCAAAUCCUGAAAAGGAACAGAAUAAGGAAUCAAACCCUUAUGGAAUGCGACAAUACCAAGACUCGAAUCCCGAGACGCAUCAAAAAGACAAAGACGAAAAUUUUGAGAUGCCACAAAAAGAUUCAAAUCGUGAUAUACAAGAAAAUCAUCAAAUGCAAGAAAACAAAGAAUCAAAUAAUGAGAUGCAAGAUAAACAAGAAUCAGAUCCUGAGAUGCAAGAAAAAGAAUCAAAUCAUGAGAUACAAGAUAAACAAGAAUCAAAUAAUGAGAUGCAAGAUAAACAAGAAUCAAAUAAUGAGGUACAAGAAAAAGAAUCAAAUAAUGAUAUACAGGAUAAACAAGAAUCAAAUAAUGAGAUGCAAGAUAAACAAGAAUCAAAUCAUGAGAUUCAAGACAAUAAAGAACCAGAUCCAAGGAUACAAGACAACGAAGAAUCAAAUCUUGAGAUACAAGAAAAUCGUGAGAUUCAAGAAGAUAAAGAUUCAAACAGUAAGAUUCAAGAAGAUAAAGAUUCAAACAGUGAGAUGCAAGAAAAUAAAGAAUCAAAUCGCGAGAUACAAAAUAUCCAAGAAUCAAAGCCUGAAUUGCAGGAAUACAAAGAAUCAAAUCCUGAGAUGCAAAAAAAUACAGAUUCAAAAACCGCGACACAAGAAGAAAAUUCAAAUCCUGACAGGCAAGAAAAAUCGGAUUCAAAUCCUGAAAUGCAAGAAACCAAAGAAUCGAAAACACAAGAAAGAAUCGAAUCGAAUCGUGAAAUGCAAGAAAAAGAAUCGAAUCCCGAGACUCAAGGAAACAAAGAAUCGAAGCCCGAGAUGCAAGAAAACGUGGAUUCAAAUCGUGAGAUACAAGAGUCGAAUCCUGAGAUACACGAAACCAAAGAAUCGAAAAGUGAAAUGCAAGAAAAAGAAUCGAAUCCCGAGACUCAAGGAAACAAAGAAUCGAAGCCCGAGAUGCAAGAAAACGCGGAUUCAAAUCGCGAGAUACAAGAGUCGAAUCCUGAGAUACACGAAACCAAAGAAUCGAAAAGUGAAAUGCAAGAAAAAGAAUCGAAUCCUGAGAUACAAGAAAACGCGGAUUCAAAUCGUAAGAUACAAGAAACUAUAGAGUCGAAUCAUGAGACACAGGGAAGCAAAGAAUCGAAUCCUGAGAAACAAGAAACCAAAGAAUCGAAUCCUGAGACACAAGGAAGCAAAGAAUCGAAUCGUGAAGUGCAAGAAAAAGAAUCGAAUCCUGAGACACAAGGAAGCAAAGAAUCGAAUCCUGGGAAGCAAGAAAACAAAGAACUGAACAGUGAGGUAAAAGAAAAUAAAGAACCAAAUGCUGAGGUACACGAAAACGGGGAAUCAAAUUCUGCUAAACAGCAACAGGAAAAUGAAUUAAUUUCCGAUAUUCAACAGAAAGGGGAAUUGAAACCAACUCAAGAAGAAAAGAAAGACGUAAAACCGAUUGCCUCUGGACCGCAAAUAAAAUUACAAGGAAGUGAAAUCAAUAAAUCACCCAAGGAAACGAAAAAAAGACCAAGCUUACUGAAAGCAAAAGGCCCAGUUCUGUCGCACGACCUCGAUCCAUCCGAAGUCUUAAUUCAGCAAGAAGAAAUAUCGACUCUGAAGGCAAGAAUCGAGACGCUGAAUCUGGAACAACGAAUCUUUAACACACAUCUUUUUGGAUCUGUCACGGCGAGCACGACGAUUCUCCUGGUGCAGGUGCACAAACGCCUGGAAUACCUGACGCAAUUGGUGGAGAGCAUGAAGGGUGUCCGAGGCAUCAACGACACCCUCGUGGUCUUCAGCCACGACUUCUGGGACGACCACAUCAACGCCUUCGUUCAGAACAUCAGCGAAUUCCGAGUGAUGCAGAUGUUCCUUCCUUACUCGAUGCAGCUGCACCCGGCCGCCUUUCCCGGGCGCGACCCGAGGGACUGCGUGUGGAACAUGCCAAGGUUGGAGUGUGUCCGUGUAAAGGGAUUUGUUCUUUUAUUGUCUUAUCCAUUUAUUUAUUUAUUCAUUGGCUGUGAAUUCAAGAGCUUCGUGUGGUGUUGGUGUUGGUUUCGAAGAUUUUUCGGUUUGAUAAUUCAUAGGAAUUCGAGGAGUUUUCGUUGUGUUUGUCUAAUGAAAUUCGAGGAGCACACAUGUGUCAUCAGAAAUACAUGUAUUUCUGAUGAAGACGUAAUCGAAACCGGUCAAAUACAUCUCUUGUAUUGUGAAGAUAUCCAGUCUCAUUCAUACCUUUUCUACAUUUGUCAACAUGGAUACGGUUCAUAUGUGUACUUGAUAUCAGAUUUAUUACAGAAUUAGAACACAACCAAAUGCUGACGUGACAUCUUUCAGGUUUUGGCAUGAAGUCGGAAAAUGAUUAUGGUA